AUGUACACUCACUCUGUCCUCGAGGUGCUCGCCAUCGUUUGCGUCAACACUUCCACAUCACCGCAUGCCAGCACUGAGGUCAAAGCGCUCGCACAGCGCGUGCUAUCCCUCCUCUGUGCCAUUCCUGCACGCUCAGCGCACUCCGCCUCUGCGCUCCAAAUUACGCCAUCCUUUCUGCUCGGCUUCGCACUUGUCGCGCUCUCCGCGUACAUCCGCACGCUGUGCUACCGCACACUUGGGCGUCUUUUCACUUUCGAAAUAUCCAUCCAGCCGAAGCACAAGCUCGUGACGAGUGGGCCAUACAGCAUUGUACGUCAUCCGUCAUACACCGGCAGUAUAAUCGGGUUCGCAGGCAGCCUCGUAUGCGCGUUUUGUGCAGGCGGGUGGUUUUGUGAAUGCGGAUGGUUAGAUACGGCGGUGGGUAAAUUGUUUGUAGUUGCGUAUGUGUUGUGGAACGUGCAAUUCGCGAGCGUGAUGCUGUGGAGGACAGGUCAGGAGGAUCAGAUGAUGCACGGGAAGUUCGGCAAGGAAUGGGAAGGGUGGCGGGAGAAGGUCAGGUAUAAAAUCAUACCUGGGAUCUUUUGAAGCUGAUAAUUUUGAUCUAUGUCUGCCAUGGUGGCUGGAUGCGGUACU